AUGCAGGGCUCGAGCCCUACCCGCGUUUCGCGCUCUCCGCCCUCCCGUACGGCGGCGCCCCCCCUCUUUCGUUUCGUAGCGGCGACGCCAACGCUGUCCUCCCUCGGGAACACCGUCGCAUCCUCCCAUACAGGGCAGCGUUGCCCCCCUCGUCGUCCUUUCGUCCUCUCCGCCUUCUCUCGCCCUGUUGCCUGUCCCGUCCGACGUCCCGUUUACCUUCUUCCGUACUCUUCGCCUUCUCCCGCCUGUUGCCUGUCCCGUCGGCCAUCCCGUCCGCCUGUUCCCUUCCGACAGCCCGUAGGACUGGGGCGUGGCGUUGUGCCGUCGGUGGUGUGGGCGGCGACUUUUCCUCCACCGCACGUUCUCGGCGGUACAGCCCGGCGUGGCUUCUUCCUACGGUCCGAUCUGGAGGCUGUUCUAAAAUCCAUCUAUGAAACAAUAUUUUCUCCCGAAAAUGAUGAAACUGGCGCACACUCUCAACAGGAAACUUUGGAAGUAACUGAAAAGUUCAUGUCUCUAGCAGAUUUUAGAAAUUGGUGCAAUCUUGUGCCAUCUGUGAGGAAGUUCCUAGGAAGUUUGCUGCUGCCGCCUGAUUCAGGCAGGCCAAGCUUUCAAGUUCCACAGCUUGAGCAUCCUGAGAAUUUCUCUUCGGAGCAGCUAAUUUUGAGAAAAGAAUAUGCUUGGCAUAUUGGGGGAGCUCUUUCUCAGAAUGAAGCUGAAGAGUGGAAGCUUUUGUAUCAUAGUGCACUUAAUGGCUUAAGUUUCAACACCUUCUUGGGCAACAUAGCGUGAGCACCUAAAGUUACCUUGUCGCUUUUUGAUCUGUUUGAUUUUGAACGCUAGAGGCAAGCCCUAUUAGGGGGCGUGGUGUUUCUUGGAUACUGAUAUAUGAAACUCUUACUUUCACUUACGACGGGGAAUUCAAAACUCACCUAAUAUAAGUAGUCUUGUCAUAUUCAAUUAUCAAUGUCAAAGUUGAUGGCGCCAUAUUUGUAAGCCAUUUCAUUUUGCCGUCUGUAUGGUCCCGUCGUAUUUAGAUACAUGAUUUGUUAUCUGAAAAGCCUUUAACCCAAGUCAAAACACAUUAGAUAUUGUCUGUUUCUCCAUGUCAUUUGAUUUUCACAAAACGGAUAUUGAUUGUCUCUGUUAUACAAUCUUACAAUGAGGCUAGAUUUGGAUUGUAGUAAUUAUCCAGGUAUAGGUUCAUCUAUCUUCUCCAGAAUUAUCAGAAAGAACAUAAUAAUAGGUUAAUGUUGCUGCAAAUCCUCAUUUAACUGUCUGAAUCCUCUAUAUAACUUACUUUAGUUUUCUGCAAUAUUCUCUACAUUUAGUAGUUCAGGCAUAUUUAUUUGGCUCGGUUAAAUAUAUGAUAUUGGUUCUGAAUCGCCUUCUGUAAUACACAACACCAUCACAAACUGUUGCACAAAUUUAAUAGCCUUACAUGAACUUAUUUG